AUGGCGCGGCGGGCCGGGGGCCGCCCACCCCGACUCCCCCGGACCCCCGACCAGACCAGACCUUUCCGGACCUUACUGGACCCCCCCAGGACCGGACCCCAAAGGACCCCACCGGACCGGACCCCACUGGACCCCCCCAGGACCGGACCCCAGAGGACCCCACCGGACCGGACCCCACUGGACCCCCCCCAGGACCGGACCCCAGAGGACCCCACAGGACCGGACCUUACUGGACCCCACCGGACCGGACCCCACUGGACCCCAGAAGACCCCAGAGGACUGGACCUUACUGGACACCACGGGACCGGACCCCACCGGACCAGACCUUUCCGGACCCCAGAGGACCGGACCAUACUGGACCCCACAAGACCGGACCUUACCGGACCCCACCGGACCGGACCUAACUGGACCCCACCGGAUCGGACCCCACUGGAGCCCACAGGACCGGACCUUCCCGGACCCCAGAGGACCCUACAGGACCGGACGCCACCGGCCCCUACCGUUCCCCACCGGACCGGACCUUUCCGGACCCCACAGGACUGGACCCUACUGGACCCCACCGGACCUUCCCGGACCUCACUGGACCGGACCCUAGAAGACGGGACCUUUCCGGACCCCAGAGGACCGGCCCCUACCAUUCCCCACCGGACCGGACCUUUUCCGACCCCACAGGCCUGGACCCUACUGGACCUCACCGGACUGAACUCCACCGGACCUUUCCGGACCCCAGAAGAACGGACCUUACCGGACCUCACUGGACGGACCGGACCCCAGAAGACCGGCCCUUCCCGGAUCCCAGAGGACCGGACCUUCCCGGACCUCACUGAACAGAAUCCCACAGGACCGGACCUUUCCGGACCCCAGAGGACCGGACCCCAGAAGACCGGACCUUCCCUGAUCCCAGAGGACCGGACCCCAGAAGACGGGACCUUCCCGGAUCUCACUGGACAGGAUCCCAGAGGACCGGACCUUUCCGGACUCCAGAGGACCGGACCCCAGAGGACCGGCCCUUCCCGGAUCCCAGAGGACCGGACCCCAGAAGACCGGACCUUCCCGGACCUCACUGGACAAGAUCCCAGAGGACCGGACCUUUCCGGACUCCAGAGGACCGGACCCCAGAAGACCGGGCCUUCCCGGACCUCACUGGACAGGAUCCCAGAGGACCGGACCUUCCCGGGUCCCAGAGGACCGGACCCCAGAAGACCGGACCUUCCCGGACCUCACUGGACCAGACCCCAGAGGAUCGGGCCUUCCCGGACUCCAGAGGACCGGACCCCAGAAGACCGGGCCUUCCCGGACCUCACUGGACAGGAUCCCAGAGGACCGGACCUUCCCGGGUCCCAGAGGACCGGACCCCAGAAGACCGGACCUUCCCGGACCUCACUGGACAAGAUCCCAGAGGACCGGACCUUUCCGGACUCCAGAGGACCGGACCCCAGAAGACCGACCCUUCCCGGAUCCCAGAGGACCGGACCCCAGAAGACCGGACUUUCCCUGAUCCCAGAGGACCGGACCCCAGAAGACCGGACCUUCCCGGAUCUCACUGGACAAGAUCCCAGAGGACCGGACCUUUCCGGACUCCAGAGGACCGGACCCCAGAGGACCGGACCUUCCCGGACCCCAGAGGACCGGACCCCAGAAGACCGGACCUUCCCGGACCUCACUGGACCAGACCCCAGAGGAUCGGAAGACCGGACCUUAUCGGACCACACCUGA